GCAUCACGCAUCACGCAUCACGAAUCGUGAAGCGUGGAUGGAGGUGCGGAGGUCGAAGCUGUGGCUAUGCAUACGUCAUUGAUGCGAUUGUUGGCUGCGUGCUGGUCUCUCGAGUCAGUCAGUCCAAAGAAGGCUGGCGCAUCUCACUCGGCGAAGGCGUGAAAGUAUAUAAGUGCGACAUUCACCUCUCCUGCAUGGCCCGCUCGCCCACCUCUGGCGCGUCAAGCUUCUCCAUACAUUCCCACGCCCUUAGCGGCACUCACCUUGCUUUACAGCGCUUGCGUCAACACAAUCCCCUUGCUAGGCAGGCAGGAUGACCUUUGCGCAAGAUCUAGUGGCAGCGCUGGGCGAGUUUGUAGGCACCACGCUCUUCCUGCUCUUGGCGCUAGGCGGAGCAAAAACAGCGACGUAUUCGCGCAGUGCAGCGCAGACCGAAGGGUUGGAGACGACGCUAGGCAAUCAGACCAUCCUCUUUAUCGCGUGUUCCUUUGGUCUUUCACUGCUCAUAACCGCUUGGAUGUUUUACCGCAUCACUGGAGGUCUCUUCAAUCCAGCCAUCACUUUCGCCUUGUGGCUCGUAGGCGCCGUUCCCGCUUUCAGAGCCAUACUGCUCGUCCUUGCUCAAUUAUUGGGCGGCAUUGCCGGCGCUGCCCUCGUCGCUGCCCUCACGCCUUUCGGUGGAGCGGAUAGCACAAGGACUACGUUGGAGCCCGGCAUCAAUAUCGGUCAGGGUCUCAUGAUCGAAGCGUUCUUGACUGCCAUACUCGUCUUUUCAGUGCUCAUGCUAGCUGCCGAGAAGCACCGUUCCACUUAUUUGGCACCCAUCGGUAUCGGACUCACGAUCUUCGCUUGCCAUCUCUUCGGAGUUCUCUGGACAGGUUGUGGCAUCAACCCCGCUCGCGCUUUCGGUCCGAGCGUAGUGUCCGCCUCUUUCCCAUCCUAUCACUGGAUCUACCACGUGGGGCCACUGAUCGGAGCACUCAUAGCAGUCAGCUUCUACACUGCUCUCAAAGCCUUUGACUACACCACGAUUGUAUUUGGCCAGGAUGCGGAUCAUGCGGAAUCGACGACGCAGAACCCUUUGAGCAGGAUCACGAACGAGCGUGAGCUUGAGCGCUUCGACGAAAGGAGGCGAUGGGCUGCCGUUGCACAGCGCAACUGA